AUCGCUUGUUUUGUUGCUGUGUUGGAAUUUUUAUUUUAGAGGACUCUGGGAUCGAGUGGACAGACUCUGCUGGUCGAGUCUGAACAGUGAAAGUUUUUUAGCAGUACAAAUCAGGGUCUCACAUCAUUAAUUUCAAUAGGGAAGACGUUGAGAUGCAGCAAGGAGGCACAAUAAUAAUAAUAAUAAUAUCUAGUAAAUAUAAUAUAAUAAAAGUAUAUUUUUAAUUUUUUUAUUAUUAAGUUCUAAACAAUCAGCCUAUUGAAAAAUAGUUCUUAAAGAAGUCGAAAAGCAGAUUAAUAAUAGAUAUAAAAAUAGACAAAGAAUAGUGUUAAAUAAAUAAUAAAUGUAUUUGAUCAAAUGUAUUUAUGUCAAAUGUAUUUAAUCAAACAGUACAAAUUAGAGGAUGUGGACUGUAAAAAAAAAAAUAAGUGCGUAAAUCGACCUCUUUUACAUUUCGGGGUUUUUCAGAAGCGGAAGUCAUCAUAGUUGGGUAAACUUCUAUAGUGGUGAUGAGACUACAUUGAAUAUGUAUAUAUUUUUGUGUGUUCCCAACACUCCACAAUAGUGUUUUGACAACUUUCACAAAAGGGAAAAAUAUAGAGACUGAUAACAGAAGUCAGAAGAGAGAAAGAUGUUGUUUUUACAGUCACUCCUACAGCCGCUGUAGAAACAUUUUAACUAGUUUCUUGAAAUCUGAUGCAAAGGUAAUAAUGUUACACAGUAUAGUGUUGCAAAUGUGCAUGCCUUUACAAAAAAAGAAAGAAAAAUAAUAUAAAAAAAACUUUGCAGGUUUUAAGAUGUGGAUGACUGUUAAAACGCGUCAUCACAGUCUGCGAAAAGGGUCCAUUAACGUAUCUAUAUUUUUCCUACAUGCAGUUUGUAUAUUGUUGUAAUCUACUUGUGUUUUUGAUACCUUGGCAUUAAUAAAAAAUAAAAAUAAAUAAAAAAUAAUGUAUCUAUAAGUCUGUGUUCGGCUGGUCGCGUCUCGCGGUUGCACGGUGAAUUGGUUCAAUCGAUGUAGUCCACUCUGUGCUCGGCUGGUUGGGUCUGGAGACUGAACAGUGAAAGUGUGUGUGUGUGCGGAUUGAUUCGUGUAGAUGGAGAGAGAAGAGGGGUAGAAGGGCGAGAUUUCUUCUCCUCCUUUGCGCACGGAUGCGUCUAUAAGCUUGAAAUCAAGAUAUGUUAAUAGCUGCGAUGUGACGCCGAUCUAUCCCCACCGAGGUCUUAGAGGCAGCCCCUUAACUAUGGGAUUUCAAAACUACUGAGGGCACUUUCACAAAAGGAGGGAAAAGAGGCGUAAUCGAGAACAAAAGGAGAGGAUUGAGCUUUUGAAAAGAGGAUCAGUUCUUUCGGACUCUGUGGGGUGCAUGCUGCCCCCUCAACUGGACGUCCUCUUUUGUGCGAGAGAAAAUAAAAGCAGGCAUGCGCAAUAAACUGAAAGAGUUCCGGGAUGGGGGACGCCCCAUGCUGGGGCAGAGGGACAGGACUCUUGUGGUGCUGCUGAUCGCAAUGGUGCUGACCGUAACGGAAGUGCGGGCUUCCUGGGAUCAGAACCCUAUGGAAGUUCUAGGCGAUGUAAGGCAGCUGGAGGCGUCUAUGCACUCGGCGGUCUUGUCGGACCUACGUGAGGCUGAAGCGGCGGUUGUGUCCGUGUCGCAGCCCAGCGGCUUCCCAGACUCCUCAGCGGUGGUGGGCAGGGUGUUCCAAAUGGGGCUGCCCAUCAAAGCAAAGGACGCCAGGGGUGUAGUAAAGAUCACAGAAGCAAGCAAGGAUGUGCUCCCAGCAUGGUUGCAUUGGGAUGCAGAGAGUGUCACACUUCAAGGCCUUCCUCUAGAGACAGACAAGGGCGUUCACUACAUAUCUGUUUCUGUUUCCAAUGAAAGCCAAGUCUCCCAGAGCCCAGAUGUGUUCUCCAUUGAGGUGCACCCAGAGGAGCAUGCUGAUACAGACCCUUUUCAGCUUGCAAUCCAGCAAUCAGCCAGCAAUGAUGUCCAACCUUUCAUCUGUGGCAAUGAGGAGCCCGUUACUGUGCUUACCGUCAUUCUGGAUGCUGACCUCACAAAGAUGACCUCAAAGCAGAGGGUUGAACUACUUGCCAACAUGAAAAAGUUCUCUGGCAUGGGGCUUCAGCACAUGAAGAUUUUGCCAGUGGUUAACAACCGUUUGUUUGACAUGUCUGCUUUCAUGGCAGGACCAGGAAAUGCCAAGAAGGUGGUUGAAAACGGAGCCCUUUUGUCCUGGAAACUUGGCUGCAGUCUGGAUCAAAGCAGCAUUCCUGAUAUUAGUAGUGUUCAGGUCCCGGCAAAAGAGGGUACCAUGUCCGCACAGUUGGGGUAUCCAGUUGUUGGAUGGCAUAUCGCUAACAAAAAGCCCCAUGUACCCAAAAGGGUGCGAAGGCAGCUCAACAACACCCCCACUCCCAUUCCCUCAUUACUCCCCCCAACAGCUUACCCUGAGCCCCCGAUCCGUAUUGUCCCCACACCAACCUCUCCUUCUAUUGCCCCUACCUCAGAAAGUUCUGCCCCACCUGUUCGUGGUCCUAUGCCACUUCCCGUGAAACCUACCAUUCACAACAAAGAUCCUAUUGCCUACACUCCAACCUUAGGCCCCCCUCAACCAACACGUGUAAUGGAAACCACCAGUACUAUUGGCAUCCAGCCCACCAUGACCAGGCCUGUAUAUGUGGGAACCUCUGUGACCCCAGCAACACCCACCACCAGGACAAAACCAACAAAAAGGCCUCCAAAGAAACCCAAGACAACACCAACACCAAAAGAACCCAAGUCCACCACAACCAAACCACCAAGACGCACCACUCCCGCGGUUAUUGAUGGCAAUGUAAAACCCCAGCUGCGUAACCCAAUCGAUCAGGUGAAUGCCUACGUUGGCACCUACUUUGAGGUGAAGGUUCCAUCUGAUACAUUUUUCGACAAAGAGGAUGGAACUACAGAUAAGUUAAGGCUCACCUUGCGCAAAGGCAAUGAGGUAGUUGGGGAUGAUUCCUGGAUACAGUUCAAUAGCACAAGCCAGUUGCUGUAUGGAUUACCAGACCAGGGGCACGAAGGAAAACAUGAGUAUUUCAUGCAAGCAACUGACAAAGGAGGUCUUUAUUCAAUAGAUGCCUUUGAGGUCCGUGUCAAUCGAUGGGGUGCCAGUGCUAAGUCACCGGUGUUGUUUACUGCUGUGUUUGAGGGGGAUGCACGUACAGUCACCAAUGACAUUCACAAGAAAAUCCUUCUCGUCAAGAAACUGGCACAGUCUUUCGGUGAUCGAAACGGCAGCACUGUUACACUGAAGAACAUCAUCAAGGGCUCCAUCAUCGUGGAAUGGACCAACAACAGCCUUCAGCAAAACCCCUGCCCAAAAGAGCAAAUACAGCAAUUGAGCAGAAAGAUCUCUGAUAAUGAGGGUAAACCUUCUGUACAAUUCACCAAAGUCAUGGAGCCCGACUUCAAGCCAAUAAAUAUCACUGUCAGGGGCACAGGAAGCUGCCGUAACUACAUGUUUGUACCGCUAGGUGAGAUCCCCGAUCCGACCCCAUCUCCUGUUACUCCCGCUGUGGGCGCGGGAAGACAGAGCACUGAUGAUGUUUAUCUUCACACCGUCAUACCGGCAGUGGUGGUUGCAGCCAUUUUGCUGAUUGCCGGAAUCAUUGCCAUGAUUUGCUAUCGCAAGAAGCGCAAGGGCAAGCUGACUAUAGAAGACCAAGCAACUUUCAUCAAGAAAGGAGUGCCCAUUAUUUUUGCUGAUGAGCUCGAUGACUCUAAGCCACCCCCCUCUUCCAGCAUGCCCCUUAUCCUUCAAGAGGAAAAGCCUCCGCUUCCUCCACCAGAGUAUCCCAACAUGGCUAGUCCAGAGACAACACCUCUGAACCAGGACCUUUUGGGAGAGUACACCCCUCUACACGAUGAGGAUCCUAACGCCCCUCCCUACCAGCCACCACCACCCUUCACUGUCCCAAUGGAGGGGAAAGGAUCCCGUCCUAAGAACAUGACCCCAUACAGAUCUCCACCCCCUUACGUGCCACCCUAAUGUUUGCUGAAACCUCCGGAGCAGGAGGAUGGGGAACUUGUAGUUCCACACCAGUGUUGUCUCUUUGCAUUAUGGGAUUUUUAGAAGGGGGUUUGGGUUUGAAUGUGAUGGGAAGGUUUUUGUUAAACAGGACUCUUAAGGAGAAGUGGGAGGGUGGGGUGAGUGGAUAGUCUGCGAAGGACAGCAAGAACAACCUCAGCCUCUGACUACUCUGGUUAUUGCUAAACUGUUGGGGAUGUACCCUCCAGUCCUGGCGCUUUUGUGUCUAGAUGGGCUUUUUUUCACUAAUUUUUGGUUUUGUUUUAUUUCUUUGUUUUUUGAUUUUCCUUUUUUUUGACUCAGAAUCAAACUCCUUGCCUAACAGCACUCUUUUUAUCUUCUGAAUUCGUUAAUCUUGAAUAAUAUAAGCGGACAAUAAAGCUGACUGCAGGUGCAAAAUGUUUCAUAGAGAAAUUCAAUAAGAGGAGGGGAAUAGAAGAAUGGCCUUGAGAGACUUGGACAGGCAUGCAGACAGUUUUGUGGGAUGUCGAUUCAUUAUGGUUUUGCCUUUUAACACAAAAUUAAACUGUUUUUAUUGUUAUUCACAUGUCUAGUUAAAUCACUACAAGAAGAGGUAGCCAAAACGAAAGAUUUGUUUAAUCCACUGUAUAUUUGAAAGUUAUGCUAGAACAUCUUUAAUUUUUAUUAUAUAUAUUUUUAUUACUUUUUUUAAGUAUCACACUGAAAACACUAUUUUCCACCCCUCAAUUCUGAAGAAAAAAAAGCUAAUAUUAAAUCACUGAGUGAACAUCGCAAAGUAUGUUCUGACUUGAGAAAUGUAUAGUGCUGUAUAGUUUCGUGCAGGCCAUGUGAAACUUUUGGAGGAGGUAAUCUCAUGAGUGAGUCGUCUAUGCAGAUUCUGCCUUUGACCUGUCAGGCUGAAGCCCAGUACUGAUCUCACUUAGUCAUAUUUCCCAUAGGUCAUCAAGAAAUCUUGUGAUGUAAUUGGAUGACGGCAUCUCCGUGUCCUUAAUUCUCUCAUAAAACUGCAGGAACAAUGUUCAGCACCCUCAAGUCAAAACCACCAAUAUACUGUUUCACCAGUUAAACUCAAGCUACUGACAGCCAUUGAGACCGAUUGCUCAAUUUCAGACUUGAUUUAAUCAGAACAAGUUCUGGUUUCAAAUGAUUUGUAGUUUCUUUUUCUUUUAUUUUUCUGUUGUUAUUUAAAAUAAAAAAAUUAUAUAUAUAUAUAUAUAUAUAUAUAUAUAUAUAUAUAUAUAUAUAAUUUCAGUGAUGAUUAUGGAGUAUAUGCCUUGGAUCCACUCAAAAUAAUUCUAAAUAAAAACUGAUGAUUUUGAUAAUAGUGACCCAAUCCUCUACACAACGGCAUUGUUUAUUAUGUCAUGUCAUUAUUAUUAUAUAUUUGCAGUUGAAUGCCAUAUUUUGCCUUGGUGGUAUCGCAGCAAGUGUCUUCUGUACAUAAUAUUCUGCCUGUGGAUAUAACUGUAUUUAUAGUCAAAACGUGUGUAAAUCAGAUAUGGUAAAAAAAAAAAAAAGAAAAAAAAAUAGGAGAAAAAAUAUUACCGUUUGUUUUAGAUGAGGGGUGAUUAUUUUUUAUACAUAUAUAGUGAUGGUUAUUUAACAAAAAAAAUCUUUGCGCAAGGCCUGGAAUAGGAGUGAAAAGAGCCGGUUUCAUUUACAAAAUCGUCACAGAAAAAAAGGUUGAUAAAAUCACGAUCUAAUUUUUUAUAAAGUUUUUGAUACAGCCUCAAAUUGUUUAUUAAAAACAAUAAAUAUAUAGUGUUCUGCAAUUUGUAAAUCUUUAGUCUUGGUAAUUGAUUGAUUCAUUAUCUAUAGCUUUUCCUCAUCUGUCUUUUUUUUAAGUGGAUUUCUUUGUUUGCUUUAAAUUUAUUUAACAAAAUAGAAAAGGCGGAUUGUGUUGUCGGGAAAAAUGUUGCCCUUUUGUAAUCGUUUUUUUUCUUUCUGAUUCGUGUUUUUUUUCUGAUUCGUUUUACGCUCCUUUGUUUUGAGGUUUGAUUUCAAAAGUGACAUUUGCAAUAAUAAAGGUGUGACGUAGUCACGGCUGGUCAGUAGUAGUGUGCAAGAUGUGUGUGAUGCGUCCUCGAUUCUGACAACCCUAGAUGACUGAAUUGUUUGGCCAUGCAGAGAGUUAUGUAUGGAUGUAGCUUACUUUUGGGGUGUAAUGCUAACUCGUUUUUUAAUGCUUCCAUUUAUCAGUUAACCAAUAUCCAUGUCUCUUUAGUACGUACCAGCAGUUUCAAGUUGGAAAUGUCGGUCUUGCAAAAGAUACAAGUUAGGAUUGAGGUACAAAAAUAUUGCAACAUGCACUUCAUCUUGGUACGACGUUGAAAAAAAAAUACUGAUUAUUUUUGCAGUUUAACAAAGAAGCAAAGUUAUCUGUUAGGGCUGUGAAAUGAUUAAUCGCGAUUAAUCGAAUCCAAAAUAAAAGUUUUUGUUUACAUUAUUAUAUGUGUGCGCACUGUGCAGUGUGUAUAAUUAUUUUGUAUAUAUAAAUACACACAUAUGCAUGUAUAUAUUUAAGAAAUAUAUGCAUGUGUGUGUUUUUAUAUAUACAAAAUAAUUACACUACACACUCGUAUAUUAUAUAAACACAAACUUUUUUUUGGAUGCGAUCAAUCGCGAUUAAUCGUUUCACAGCCCUAGUUGAAACUAAAGUUCGAGCAAUUUGCCAGUAAGGUAAGAAAUAAUUUUUAUAAUUUACAGGAAUACAAAAUCAGCAAAAAAACAGAUUCUUUUGUUUCAAUACAUUAUUUAUACGUUUACGUAGCAUUAAGUCUACUGCUUUCUCAUUAGCACAACUCUGAAUAAAUAUUUUACUUGGAAAAAACCAAAGAUGCAGAUUACAAAAUAGCUGUUGUUUGCCAAUGUUAAGUCUGCUGCUUUAUGUUGUUAAACGGAAUGACGAAUAUGUAAAAGUACAACAGUUUCCCCUUUUAAGAAUGGUUGCUUGUUUUUCCUACAAGUGUUGUAGGUCAAUGGAGAAUAAGAUUACAUAUAUUCAAUCUAUAUGGUUAUUUUCACAAACCCUGAGCUAAAGAUUUUAAUCUGUAUCGCAAUAUUCGUUUCAUUCUCCGGCACAGUUAUGAUGUCUAUACAUUUUUUUUAAUUGUGAAAUCAAGUUAGACUUAAUUUUUUUUUUUUUUUUUUUACAGAAUUUCAGCCUGCAGAAGUAAAAAAAAAUCAUAUGCAUUUUGUUUGAUUAGUAUGAAUAUAACUUUAAUACGUAAAACUGGAAUAUCAUGCUUUUACGUUUGAUAAGAGGGGGAAACGGUCAGUAUGUUUUGUGUGUAUGAGUUCUGUUUCUUUUUGUUUUUAUCGAUGUGUGCAAGCUGUAUUGCAGAGACAAGCCGAGUUGACGUCGAACAUUUAAGCAAUGCAUUUCUAAAGGUGCUGAGGUUGACCUUGGGGGCCAGGUGUAACAAAUGACAGUGAUGUGUUAAAUGAGACGCCUUUGAGGUCUGACAACACGCAGAUGCUGCGAUGAAGUGCAACCUAGUAAAGAAUUCAACACCAACGUAAUGACGAAAACCACUUUAUUCAUUCUCUUUCAUGUUAAACGGCAUUGGUUCAUUUAUACCACCAAACACUGUAUGUUUGAAUCUUGUAUUAAAAAGUGUUCUCACCGGGAA